AUGAACACCCUCAAUCUCCAAGAAAUAGACUCUCUCGAGGCCACCAUCAUCAUCGAUAAUGAACUCGACCCCUUAUCCCCGCCGGCCCCCAAUACCGUCCAGAUAGCUGGGAAUCUCGGUACAAUCGGGAUGAACUCAAAGCAUAAGCUCACCGAUCGUGGGGGUGCUUGCAAAGAAAUGCGCAUGGAGGAUAUUUGCUGCUCGGCACAUGGAUUGUCGAUUCUAGUGACCGCGACCAAAGGAGACCAAAAGCAUGCUGUGCUGUUCGAUGCGGGCCCGGAAGAAGAGGCGUGGGAAAGGAAUGUGAAGCGAUUGCGGCCGGAUAUUGCUUCGGUCGAGGUGAUUCAAUUAUCGCAUUGGCAUCGGGAUCACUCAGGUGGUCUUUGCCGGGCUAUUCGAAUGAUCAAAGACGCUAAACAGAGUCAUGGCCGCUCGGAUGACCUGAUCGUGGACCUACACCCAGAUCGACCGGUCUACCGGGGUAUCGCUCUGCCUGAAAACAUCAUAUCUCUCGAGGCAGAUCCUACCUUUGACGAGCUAACUGAUGCCGGCGCUGUCGUGAGCAAGUCAAACCAGGCACACACAGUCCUAGACGACAUGUUCUUGAUCUCUGGGGAAAUUCCACGACUCACGCCAUACGAGACGGGCCUGAAAAACGCAGUGCGAUACGAUCCAGAGGAAAACGAUUGGUUUUCAGAUGAACUCAUCGCCGACGAACGCUUCCUCGCCUGUAACAUUAAAGGAAAAGGAAUAGUCGUCUUCACUGGCUGCAGCCAUGCCGGCGUCGUCAACACCACAAAAAACGCACUCGACCUCAUCGGCAACGAUGUACCCCUUCACGCCGUAGUUGGCGGCUUCCAUCUCGCUAUGAGCGAAGACGCACAGGUCCAGAGUACAGUAGCAGACCUGAAACGUCUUGAUCCCGCCGUACUCAUGCCAGGUCACUGCUCAGGUUGGCGGGCCAAGUUCGCCAUUGAGAAACACAUGCCCGGUACUCUUGUUCCGUGUACUGUGGGCAUCAAGAUCACCUUUUAG